GUUGGCUGCAAAGCUGUGAUUGUCUUUUUCCAGUAUUGCAUUAUGGCAAGCUUCUUCUGGCUGCUAGUCGAAGGUCUGUACCUUCAUGCUCUGUUGGCCGUCUCCUUCUUCUCAGAGAGGAAGUACUUCUGGUGGUACAUUCUGAUUGGUUGGGGAGGUCCAACGAUUUUCAUCAUGGCUUGGAGCUUUGCCAAAGCUUACUUCAAUGAUGUCGGAUGCUGGGAUAUAAUUGAAAAUUCCGACCCAUUCUGGUGGAUUAUCAAAACCCCGAUAUUAGCUUCAAUUCUGAUGAACUUUAUCCUCUUCAUUUGUAUAAUUCGGAUACUGCGGCAGAAGAUCAACUGUCCUGACAUUGGGAGAAAUGAAUCAAACCAAUAUUCGAGGCUGGCAAAAUCCACACUUUUGUUGAUUCCACUCUUUGGGAUAAACUUCAUCAUAUUCGCUUUCAUUCCUGAGAACAUAAAAACUGAGCUAAGACUCGUGUUUGACCUGAUUCUUGGGUCAUUUCAGGGUUUUGUGGUUGCUGUGCUCUACUGUUUCCUGAAUGGAGAGGUCCAAGCUGAGAUCAAGAGGAAAUGGAGGCGAUGGCACCUCGAAAGGUUUCUGGGUCCUGACACCAAAUAUCAGCACCCAUCCAUGGGCAGCAACGGCAACAACUUCAGCACGCAGAUCUCCAUGCUGACUCGCUGCAGCCCCAAGACUCGCCGCGCAUCCGCAUGUCAAGACGAGACAUCCAUCACAGUCUAACUUAGCAUCUAUAAUGAUGUGGUAUUGUCACCAGAAUGAGACCGUGAGAGGACAUGAAGAUGUCCAGGAAGUGUUCUAGUGAAAUUCAGUUCUGACCUUCAGAGAGAUGAGCUACUAAACCCUACAUUUGCUGAAAAUAGCGCAAUUUGUUUCCAUAAGAGUCGUCAGUGAGGUUCUUGUAUGAAAAACACAAUAUCGGACAGGCACAGAUCAUCUUCUGCAACACAUAAAACCUGUAAAUAAAGCCACAGUGAUCUUCUGGAGAGCAGCGAAAUCGUAGUGUUGCCGUCAUUUUGUGCCAACUCGGCUCUGCAGGGACACAGAAGCAACAGCAUCAUCAAGAAUGACUGAUGAUACGCUGCAGGAAAAAGAGGUUAGGGAUUCUUUGCCUGGACUGCUCAUAUAUUUUGCUUAUGAGGUAAGUAAAAAAAAAAAAAAAAA